UUGUAACGCGAAGUCAAGUUAGCGCGCACGUACUGUAGCUAUAGAAGCUAUAUAGACUAUGGACGAGACGAGAAAAUGUAAAUGAUAUUGCAGGAGCCCAAUGUGGGUGGAAGUGAGAUGGCAUCCAGGGAAAAGAAACCCUUAGCGCCUUCCAAAUCAAAACAGAAGGCGAGUAAUGACUCUGGCUUGCCAUCCAAUGAGGUCAAGAAUAAGAAAGGCAAGUCAUUGCCGAAUAUAAAGCAGCAGCAACUUGCGCAAGAGAUUUUUGAUACAGUAGCAACAGGUAGUCAGCUCUCUGUUAAAGUAGAGGCAAGCUUGCGGAAUGCCCUUAAAAAUCUGAAACGCAAACAGAACCUAAGAGCAGCCAAGGCAAAUCUCAUUAAGUCCAAGGUUACCAAGAAAGUGACGAACAAAAAUAUACACAGGAUAGCUCCUGACGUUAAGAAGGGUGUUAAGACGAAAAGAGUUAAGCAAUCGGAGGAACCAACUGUUAAGACAGUCGAGGUCGCUUCUAAAUUCUCGGAAAAUCAGAUAAACAAUAGAGACAACGAAGGCAAAGGAACUGAAACACCAAGUAAAAGUGCCAAGAACAAUCUCAGGACCAAAAAAAUCAAAUCUGACAUUCAGAACAAAGAAGAGGCCAGUGCUACAUCUAGCAUUAAAGUUAGUCCAAAACUUGGCAGAAAGGGAAAAACGGCAGAAAGUCCUGAUUCUUUGUCCAAGAGUGCCAAACCAGCAAAGUUAACAAACUUGAAGAAAAAUAAUACCAAGGACAAUCUCAUCAAAGUUGUAGAGGAUAAUAGAGAUUUGCAAAAGAGUGCAAAGAAUCGAAAGAGCAGUGGCAAGGAAUCAGAUUGCGGUAGCAUAAAAAGCAAUUCUAGCAUUGAAAAAUUUCCAAAGACAGUUUUGGAUGACAAGAAUUCUAUUGAUCUUACUAUAGACGAAGUUAUUGCUUCUUCGAUGUUGAGUGAUUCUGAAACUGAAAAUCAACAAAGCGUUACAGAGAAGACUGAAGGAAAAGUGACAAGGAGUAGGAAGAUGUUGAUGGAUGAAAAUAUUGUCUGCGACAUUGAAAUAAAGAAAGAGCCUGACACCGAUGACAUGAAAGUUACAUCGGAUGGAGAAUAUACAGAGACGGAUCAAGGAUUCCACUUCCAGAAUGCCAUUCAAUUGAGAAAGAGAUCGAAAGUCGGCUAUAUCGAACAUAUGUCUCAAAGAAGCUUGAGAAAUGGAAAACAACGACAAUUGUCAGAUUCGGGAAACUCCGCAGAUAAUGAUUCUAAAAAGCGUCAUACAUUAAACUCGGAUGGGACUAAUAUCUCGGAUAAUUUGAUAGAACAUAUCUCGGACUGUAAUACAAAUAUGGAUUCUUGCUUUUCGGAUCCCAAUUGUAACGAAUCUCAGACUACUGUGACAUCAAGUAAAGAGGAGAUUUGUUUGAAGGAUGAAGUGUCAAAGAGUUUUGAGGAGGAAACUGAUAUUGGAUUGGAAAUCGAGAAUAAUAAUAAUAGUGAUCGUAUGGAUAGAACAAGUGAAACGGGUCCGACAUUACGUUCUAAAACUAAAGCUAAAACUAUAGAAAACGAAGCAACAAAAGAUGACGAUGUUAAAAUUGAAGACACACGAAUAACGCCCAAGAGUGCGGAAGCACAAGAAGAUUCAAAGAAACUUAAUAAUUUAGAUCAGUCGAGAAAGGACAGUAUCUUAGUUAAACUUACAGAUAAAUCGAAAGGUCGUAGGAGUAGUUUAAACAUAGAUACGAAAAAGACAGUUAAUUCCUUUUACAGUACAGAUAAAUCGGAUGGUAAUUCAAAAUCUCAAAUAGAUCAAAUGAUUGAGAACAUUAAAUUAAAUAUUGCAAAGUCCAUCGAGAGCAAGAUAUUUGGUCCAGAGAAGGGUCUUGGAUUAAGUAAAAACUUCGAUGUGCCCAAAAUCGAAGAGAUUGUCGCGCCACUCAGUACAGAAUCCCAGAAAAUGGGAUUAGAGGACAAUACCGACGAAGACAGGUCCACCGUUACGAAAAACGAGAUCACGUCAGAUAGUUCGGAAAAUUCAGUACCAAAAGUGGCCGAUACUGCCAAAGAGAUUGAAGAGAAACUAGUCAAGUCUGAUAUUGGGGAAGCAGAGACGCAUUCGCAGAACAUCCAGGAGAACAGGGCCUCCGAUAGUGACAGAAUUAAUAAUGUACAUAAUAUUUGUGAAUCUACGUGUAAUAUAAGUAAUAAUAAUAAUAAUGCUGCAUCUUACAACAGUAUGGAUGAAUCAGAAAUCGAGAACGUUGGUUGUAGUACAGCCGGCAGUGCCUCGGUCAAUUUCGGUGAUAAUGAAUCGAAGACAUUGGACGAGAAUAAGAAGAUCGCUACGAGAAAGUCUUCGAGGAUCAGUGAUAAAAGUUCAGACAGCGUCAGUAAUUCCGAAGCGAGAAAAUCGAACAGGACACCGAGUAAAGCAAUCUCGAGAUUGGAAGAUAUUCCAGCGGAACAUGUACAAAGACCUACAAGUGAGGGCACGAUUUCAGAGGACACGAUAUUCCAUCAGCUUUCAGAUGAUAAUGCUGCAACUGCGUUAGUAUCUGCAUCCCCUCGGCAAGAAGAAGAGAGACUUACGGAAAAGCAUACAGAAGCGAAAGAAUCAGAAACUUCUCUAAACAAUUCGGAUGAAUCAGAAACGCUGGAAAGUAUAUCUCGCGAGGUAGAGAGACUAGUAGCGGAAGACCAAUCUGCCAAGUUAUCAUUACCAAAUGCUACAAACGAUACAUCACUAAGCAAAGAAAUAAUUUGCGAUACAAUGGUAUCGGAUAAGGAAUCAGGUAUCGAAUGUGUAAAUAAACAAGAAGCAUCUGCUUGUUGCGACGAUAGUUCUAUGCCGUUAGAAUCAGCUGCCAAUACUAUAAACGAGAUACCGCGCGAGAGCCAUACGGAUGGCAAGCUUGCCGAUGCAAUCGAGAUAUUGCAAGAGAACGAUGUUUCCUGCAAAACAGCGCAAAGCGCGAAGCAUUCUAAAACAAAUAACGUAUCAACCACCGCAAACUGUGAUUCAAAUAGCGAAUGUAGCUCUGUAAAUUCUGUGCCUGUACGCACGUGCACUCCCGUUCCUCGGCAGAACGACGAAACCAAGGAUCGAGGUAACGACUGUAAAGAACUUUCCAACGAUUUAACAUCAAAUUUGGACAAAAAUGUUUUGGAGCAAAAUUCGGAAUCUAACGAAACAGAUUCAAGCAAUAAAUCAUCAGACAAUAAAGAUCCCGAGAAACAGAAACCUGCCAACCAGAAAAAGAGAAGAGUGUUACGAACUCGCGAUAAGAAGAAGAGACAACAAGUCGCAUCUCGCGGUCGAGAGUACAUUGAUGACGUAAAAGUCAAGGCAGAGGAAACUGUUGUGGAAAAUGUUCAAAAGACGCAAAAUUCCAGUCUACAGAGCGAUGCCGAUGAGGCGCCGCAAGGUUCAUCAGCAUUGGACAGGACUGUCGUUUCCGAAGAUUCUCAGAAGAUUGAAGAUACGGGUGAUUCACUCAAUAGCAAUGAAUCAGACGACGUCCUCGAAUCUCAAUCCCGUACCCGUCGCAGUAGAGAUAUGAAGAAACGCAAGGAGGAACCGCCGUUGUCCAACAACUCCAAGACCAAGCGCGUUAAGCGAGAUUCACGAAAGUCCGAUCAGCAGAAUAAAGAGGAGACUCUGCUGGACAACGAAGUCGCCAAGAUCAACGAGAACAAUAGAUCCUUCUUGAACAAGUACGCCGGUGCCGAACGUACGGACAGCUUUCGUGAAUUUUUCGCGGAGCACGAGCAGGACGGACUUGACAAGAAGGGACCCAGUGUGCGCAGCAAAUCGGAAAACGACUUAACGGUUGGCGCAAAGAGCUGCAAAAGCGGGAAACGGCAACUCUCGCGAAACCUGUCCGAGAAUCACGUGUCGAAACAGACGACUGACAACAUAGAUAUUCUGGAAAAUGAAUGUAAGAGUCCCAAGAUGCCGGAGCUCGUACAGAAGGAUUCCGAUGAGACUUCCACGUCUGGCGAGUCGUCUAAUAGCGAUAUGCCAAAGAUCUUGGAAACACCUGAAGACAAGGAAAGGAAAGAGUCGAUCUUGCGAACGUUGGGGCUAGAAUCCCUGGAAGAAGCCGCGAAGAGACUGCAAAAUCAGCAAAAAAUUAAAAAGGAGCAGUCGUCGGGCACUUUGAAGACAAUCUUCAAGAUAAAGGACAAAGAUAAGGACAAACGGGGAUCGCGAUCUCCAUUAAAGAUGAUCCUCAAACAACAGGGACGCGGGGACGGAGAGGGGGACUUACCCGAGUUCUACACCAUUCAAAAGGAGUUUGGAACCAGUGGUUUGGGAGAUAGCAGCUCUGGUGCGAACCGAAAGUUCACUACUAACCACAGACACUCUUGCGAUGAUGAUAAUGAAGACGCUACACCUAAGGAUCGUCAGUCGCUUGUUAUUCCAGAGAAAUCCUCCUCCUUUUCCAUUCAUCCUGGACGCGUAUGUGCCGAUGUAUGUUCCUAUUGCUUCGGCAAGUUUGGUUCCCUGGACACGCCGAUGCACCUAGCGCAAAUAAAAUCCGACGAAAGGCGAAAGAAGAUUUUGAACUUGGAGAGACAUCUUACGAAAGAUUCGUGUCUAUGCGAUGCAUGCUAUCGUCACGUUGAUAGGAAGGCGAACACUAGCCCGGCAAAUAUGCAGCAGAAGCCGCAGAAACAGCACAGACAAUUGAUGGUAUCAAAAUGUUCGGCUCGCGAAUGCCGGGAUCCUGCGCGACAUCACGUUAAACGCCGUUGGUUGCUCAAGAUAAAAGCCGGUCUACAAAAUCAGGUCGAGAUAGAUUGGGAGUCAUGUCAGCACACUACGAUGUCAUUCUGUGUUAAUCAUUAUCAAAAGAUUGGACGCUUCUUGAUGUGCGCGAUGUGCAAACGCCGGCUCGCGCGAACGCACACCCAUCAACUGACUAGCGCGGAGAUCGAUGAAUUGAAUCAGCUAGUCGGUCAGCAAGGAAUCCCCGUUUCACUAACGGCCGGCAUGUUUGUAUGCAAACUAUGUCGAUACUUUACGCAGUUGCAGCUCAAAUACAAGGACCUCGAGAACAUGAACAUGAAUCACAGGAACUUCUGUAAGAGUUUUCGAAAGCGGGUCUUGCAUUACCAUGGAAUCGAAGUGGCCGAGGACGAGGAUGAUGAUUCGUCACAGCAGACGAAUCAAAUCAAGGAUAAGAAGAGUAAGAAGAGCACCAAAAGCGCGCAACUGAAAAGUGGAAGUUCCAAGUCCCCGGAACACAUGACGAGCGAUACCUCAGAGAAGUCAACGCCGGAACCGAAUAAGAACGAGAGUGUGGGAUGUUCAAGCUCCUGCGAGAUGGGUGGCGAGAAUCGCGCUGCGAAGGCGAGCAGCAACGAAAACGGCGGCACGGAUAUUCAAUAUCUCAACAGUAUCGAGAGCGCCGUGGAAAAUCUGAAGAAGCGUAAGAUGCUCGAUAUGCAUGCAUACACAUCGACGGCCGACGGCGCGACGACGGCGAGUGAGAUGGUGGAGAUUCUCGGGAUGGAUAACGAGGUUACCCUGACGCGACUGCCGAAGAGGCCGAGACUCAAUAAUAGUAACAACAACGACAUAACGCCCGUAGUGCAGAGACUCGGCGCGAAUCCUUCCAUAAGCGUACGCACGCUUUUUCCAGGCGAGGAGGAGAUGAAUCUUCACGUCAACAUUGAGUUUCAGAACGUACGCGAAGUAACGCCGCAGGGAUGGGAGAAGUGCGCAACAAUGAUUCAGUAUGAUCGCGAAACCAAGCAUCUCUGGCAGCAAUUGCAGCGACCGUACGGCAAUCAGAGCUCUUUCCUACGACACCUGAUCCUUCUGGAGAAAUACUAUAGGGCUGGCGACCUGAUACUGGCGCCAAACGCUUCGCGGAACGCAAUCAACUACUCAACGUCGGUACAGAACAGACUGAUAUCAUACGAGGGCCCGGAAAAGAUGGACGAACCGAUAAUGGAACCGAUUGCAGCGGAAUACAAUUCGCGCCGUUUAAGUGGUGGCUAUAUGUUGGAAAAGGAUAGACUGUCAAUGCCUGGCACAAGUUCGAUGUCUAAACCAUCAACUAGCGGCAGCGGUGUGAUGUCAUCGCAUUCGACGAAGAUGAAUUCACCGCGGGUACUCAAGCUCAACUCGGGGGUGUCGAUUAUCAAAAAACCGCCGCCCAAUCUGCAACGAUUAAGCCUGCCGUCCACCAGUGGUGGCGGCGGAAUCAUCGGUACUGCAACUGCGAAUGGCGUUAAGCGGAAAGAUGGACAAAGUCUAUCCUCUGCUUACAGCGGCGGCAGCGGCAAAGUGUUUCAAUUAAGCGAACCAGACCUGAAGCGGAUGCAGUCGCUCAACAAACGGCAGAAACCUAGUGACAGACAGUUCGGUGCCGGAACGAAUAACGGAUCGAUCGGCGGUUCAAGCUCGCCGACAAGCAGCAAUGUCAGAUCGCAUUACCAGAAGACGCAGAUCACUACAAUUCCCACUGGCCACAGCCAACAGUUCCAGAGACACUUGCGGAUGCAACAGGAGAUGCUGAGCCGUCAGAGCCGCGGCGAUUUCGAGCCGCUCAUCUGCGACAUGACGCGUUCCGCUGCGAACGAAAACAACUCGACCGGCCAAAAUCUUAUACAGAAUCUUAAUCUGCCCAAGUCGAUCCAGGUAACGACUAAGCCGACGAUGACGUCGUCAACGAACAGUCCGAUUCCGAUUUUGCCCAAGAUCCCAAAAUCGUUGACGGUAAUACCGCAGACCGUCACGAGACCUGCUGACAAAUGAGAGAACGAGAGACGUAAGUAGGCAUUGUUGAACACACAAUUUUUUAUCUUCCUUUUCGAAGGAGAAGACAUAGUGCGGCGAGUAUGAGAGAUCGAUUUGCACAUGCGCUUUUUUUACGCGCCCGAUCGAAAUUGCCGCCAAAGCAAGACAAAAGAUGAUGAUGAUCAAUGCUCGGAGAGCAGUUUUUGCCUUACGUGAGCGCAUCGCGGUAUGCACUUACCGAGCUUGAACGCUCAAAAUAUACACAUAUAUGCAUAUAUACAUACAUACACAUACAUAUACGACACACAUUGAUUUUGGAUUACGGUUAAAAUGAAACAGAUUACAGACGAUUUAUAUUUGUUGCAUCAAUCGUGAUCACCAACUUGUAAAUAGAUUAUAUCAUAAUUUGUUCAAAUUGUGAAACACUUCGAGAUUCUAACAAUAUCAUACAUACAUUAACAACCAAAACUUUAUUAUAAAAAAACGCAUUAACGAAAAACGUGUUGAACAAUGCUGUUUCCACGGAAAGUGCCUAAAGUGACGAAAGGCAGCACGGAAGUUAUUAAUAUUAUCUGUAAUUAUGCAAUUUCGCACAGUCAUUACAGAUGUCAAUAUCCAAAGUCCUCUGGUAAAAUGUUGUAAACUGUAAAGAUUAUUUUAUUGAACUUAAUUUACUUUUACUUAAUUUUUUUGAUCGAUAUACCGGACAUAUCUAUUUUUCAAAAGCGGGGUAAAGAGAAGGAUAGGAAAGGGAGGCACAAAAUAUUCAAUAUAUAUAAUUCAAUAUAUAUAUAUAUUGAAUCUUAUGGCGAUUCUUAACGGUAGUUCGUUCUUCUUAUCGGGUCUGAAGAAAAGAUUCGAGUUAUUAUUAAUUCAAGUUCAAAGCUGCAUGCGAGCGAUACUAUACACCGGAAGUCAUAUAUUUGUCUACGCAGAUACCUUUUCGGGCAUCUAUACGACGACGACCUGAACAAAUGUAUAUUGUAAUAUUGGCCUGCUCGAUCUUUUUAAAAGCAUAACAAGAAUGUAAUUAAUUAAAUAACGAUCAGUAUCUUUAGUCUAAAGUUGGUCGUUGAUGAGCGCCGGUAUUAGCCGCAUUCUGGCAUUCGCGCAUCACCGCCACGUCACGUUCCUGUUAACACACAUGCGAGAUUCCUUCGCACCGUUUGCAUUAAACUGCCGGCAGAAAGUUCUUUCCAUUCACGUCAUGCAAGAGACUGCGAGAUAAUGCUUCAAAACGAUUCGUAGUGUGAAUUAUAUCUUUAAAAAAAGAAAAAAAAUAUAGAUAAUCGCCUUUUUUCUGUGGGAUAUAGAAGCAAAAUUCAUACUUUUUCUACACUGCCCAAUAUAUUUAUGACCAAGAGAAAUAUUUUGCAGAGAGAGAGAGAGAGAGAGAGAGAGAAAUUUGAAUGACUUAUGUGGAUCUUAAAAAUAAUAGUAAAUAUAGAACUAAAAAUAAGAGACAGAAUAAAAUUGCGUUCGUAACUAGAUAUAAAAAAAAAAGAAAAUUAGAAAGUGUGAGUUUUGCUCGUAUAUCUGUUACGUUUGCAUCACUCUAUAAUACCCUGCACUAACAAUCGUGUGAAAUUCCAUAGUGGAAAAAUUUUUACCACAUCUUUUAUAUCACGGAAAAAAAACCUGUCAUUAUAUUACUAUACUAUGAAAUAUUAUUUGAAUCAUGAUUGUCGUAAAAUCGUUUUAUUUUUAUACAUUUGAGCAUUGUUCAACCGAAUAGAAAUAGAGAAUAGAUUGACGAUGGGUAUACGAAAUUUUACGCGUUUCCACUUGUUUUACAGAUCAUAAAAGAAUGUUUGUUUAUAUAUGCAUUCUCAAAUUUUAUCAUGUAUUAUUUAAUCAAAUAUAUUAUACAAUUAUAAUCUCUCAGUUAUAUUAGUUAUAUCUGUUAUUAAGAUGGUGUCAUUAAGAUUAUCUCAACUGCCUACAAAUCAAGUAAAAAUACGAUAUAACUAUUUUACAUCUCAUUAUCUUAUAACUAUGUAUAUAUUACUCACAUUUUUUUUUUGCGUACGUAAUGCACAAAUGAAUGUCUUAGUAUAUUAUUUUGAAACGUACUUGUACAAUUUUAAUUUUCCUUCGAGGUGUUUCAUGUUUUCAUAUCUGUGGAAAAAACGAUUCCUCCUUUCUCUGAUCCAAUUUAAUACAGAAAUAUUCUUUUAAAAAUUUAAGAAGCAAUAGAUAUUAUACAUUAGACGAAUAUGCGAGAGUAUGUGUUUUAUUAUAAAAAAAUAUUCACCAAACGACUAAUGCAUAUGCUCAUAUAUUCAAAGCACACACAUAAACAAACACACACACACACACACAUACACAUACAAACAUACGUUUAUAUAAAUCACGCGUACGCGUGCACGAAUGUACGAAUAAAAACAUAGGUAUUACAUGUAUAUUGACUAUAUAUAAUACCGCGUUAUAAAUAAAAGAACUCUUUAUAAAUAUGAUAUAUAUAUAAAAUAAUAGACAUAAUAUUAUAUAUAUAAUAUAAAGAAAAGUACGUGUGUAACGGUAUACACACAUACAUACAUACACACACGUGUUAUACAUAUAAAUGCUUUAUUUUACUAAGGAUAUUUUUGAUAUAUCUAUAUAUAAUAAAUAUAUGUAUAUCGAAUUAAAGGAAGGAAAGCAAAUCACUAGCGAUACGAGUGAUCGAUGAAUAUAAGUAUUGUUAUAUCGGGACUAUGCGGGGUGUGAUUAUCCGAAAUCGCAAACAGCUUAAGGUGGAGUGUGCCGCAAAUAUAUAUAAUGAUCAUAAAACAUGAGAGAGAGACUAAUUGCAAUACACAUACGGAAGAUUGAUAUCGAUUCACGGAUGUACAUGUGUCCCCAUUCUGAUUUUGUUCGCCAUUCUCACUAUCAAUGAAAUUUCGGCUUCUUAUGUAAUUUGUUAUCAAUAAGAAAUCGAUCGCAGUGAUUUUACAUCGUGUUCAACAAUACUGUUUCCAUUUUAUUGCUUUAUCCUUAUACAAAUUUUCUAUUUGAAAUUUUCUUCAUUGUGGUUGAGAUAUUUAGAUAAAUCCUUCCGAGAGAUAUAAAGUAUUUGUGCGUGUUAAUAUUUAAGAUUUGUUAUUUUAAGUAAUCUUGAUAUAAAUUACAAUUAUAUGAUAUCACACAGCACGUGUGCAUAAGUAUUUAUUAUUUUAAUGUAGAAAAUAUUGUCUUUUUUUUUGUAGAAUUAAUUCUUAAUUUUCUUAUGCAGAAUUUUCUUUUCAAAGUAUUGCUAUAUAUUAUCUUAUUGUUCCCUCUAUGACGCUUAGAAUGACUCUUUAUAGCUUUUAUUACAGUAAAAGCUGUAAAAAGCGCGAAAGCAAUGCUUGUUGUCAUCGACAAAAAUUUAUGAUUCCAUGCUAUUUAAUUAUACCAAAUCAAGUUAAAAGAAAUUUGACAAGACUUUUCUUUAUAUAUUUCAUAUGUGUGUACUUUUUUUAUAUUUUUGAUCAUUCAUAUACAACGAGCGAAUAAAUCCAAAUUGAAAAUAUAUCCUCGAGACACAUUAUCGUCGUGAGGAUAAUUAAACGAUCACUUGCGCUAAUUACACUCGAAUAUUUGACAUUUCUGAUUUACUCGCCAUACUUUGCAUGCGCCUAAUGUAAAUUCGUGGCACACUCCACGGUGUGGCCUCCGCCACGUAUGCACACGUGGAUGAUGCGACGCAGGAGGGAAAGAAGAGUUUGCGGAUCGCUAGCGAACGAGAACUGAGUUUAAGUUUUAAGAAUUCUAUUUUUCUUGCUGCACAGAAAGUGUAAAUUAAAAAUCAUAAACUUACCUCGAACGAUUUUGACUCUUGGUGAUCGAUUGCAUCGUCGUCCUCGAUCUAUAAUAAUUAUUUAAUAUUAUCAUCCACACGGAAGUAAAUUCAAACAUAUAUUUCUUAAAGAAAAGAGACAGUAACUUUCUAUUGUCAUUUACGGAUAAGAAAAAACUGAUCUCUGAACAUGUUUGUUGAUAGUCUAUGCGAAAAGUAAAUCAAUAACACGUUCGAAUUUUGAUGAUAAAUAAUACGUUUGAAGAAAUUUUUUUUCAGAUUUGUGUUUGGAUGAUACUUGAAUAUUUAUUUAAUUUUUUUUUUAUGUUUAUAGGCAAAAUGGCAGCGUUCGAGUUGUGCUUACUCGAUCUCGAUUGCUCAAGUGUUCAAUUUAAUUUCGACGUAAAAUCGUGGAUCCUAAGAGUCAAUAAACGUCCCGAGGAUGUUGGAAUGGGUGUGAUUUCACUCAAUUACAAUGAAAAAUUAUAAAAAUGCGAGUGAAUAAAGGUGCUGCUACGAUAACUUGAAUUAGUAUAUAAUUCAUUGCGCGCCCGCGAUAUAUAAUAUAUAAUAAUCACAAGUUAUAUCAGAUUUAAAUACAGACGUUUUAAAAAUGAAAAGAUGUGCUUUUAUGUAUGCGUGUGUGUGUGCGUGCGCGUGUGUGUGCGUGUGUACGUGCGUGUGUAUGUGUGUGUGAAAGAGAGAAAGAGAGGGAGAGAGAAAAGGCAAAUGUUGAAUGAGAUACAAUUGUAAAUGUACAGAGCAAAUCUAGGAUUAAGGAUGAAAUUAUUUUGUAAUAACAUAUUACGUUUAAUAUUAAUAUGUAUUAUUAAUUAUAUUCUGAUUUGCCUUUUCCGCAAAAGAGAAAAUGAUUUGCAAUAUCCCGAAAAUCGAGUUUGCUCAAUUGCGACUGACCGUCGAAAAACCAUAUUAUAUCAAUUACGUUUACAGUAGCAACAGCUUUCUUCACUCGCCGUUGUCUCACUUUUUUGGCGACAAGAAAUGCCGAUCGGGUAUAUAUAAACUUGACAUGAAAGAUAACCGAUUUGUGUGAUUGACAAUCACUUUGGCAGUGUGGAUCGCCCUUCGAGGGAUUCGAAUCGCAUAAUCCCGUGUUCUUGUCGCGAAGAAAGUGAAACGACCAAAAUAUCGCGGCCUUGACAACGAGCGGAUCUCUUCGAGGAGAGCGAAAAAAAUGAGAGUGCAAGUGUGAAAAAGCAAGUAUGUGAUGGAAAAUGGAGAAAGCGUCGCGUCACGCAAAAUGUUUCGAUGUUCUUUGCGUGUGCGUGGACGAGAAUAUUUUUCAGAAAAUGGUGAUAUCUUGCCUCUCGCGAGAGGUGAUAUUUUAUUAAAACACGUGGAAAAAAAAAACAAAAAAA